AAUUUCUCACCUUAUUCACUUCAAUUCCAUAUCCCAGAAUCUGCUCUGAAUAAUCCCCAGUGGCCAUAAUGUCUGUAACAUGUCUCAUGAAUAAUUUGUUGAGUAUGUUACUCCGUCUGGGAUUGCCAGUUACUUUUGAUACAAAAGACUUUCCUAAAGUCGUAGACGUCGAAGGCAAAAUUGGGGUAUCGUCUACAUAGAACUUCUUCUUUUUAGUGGCCCCCAUAAUUUUUCUAAGAACUUUGCCAGCAUUUGCAUCGCAGAUAGAUGAUGUAUGCAAACUGUAUCCGAUUUUUAAGAUUGUUGAGUGGUUUUUUAACAUGUUUUUAAAGCAAUUAUGCAAUUAACUAUAAAUAUAAAACAAUUUAAACUAUUUACGAUUUUAACUAAGAUUUUAAUCCACUCGACCACUUGCGCUAAAAAUAAAAACAAACAAAAUACAUAACCUCAGUUUUUUUGGAAUAGUAUGCUGUGGUGCCAUCUCAAGUCAAACUGCAAAAACAACAUGCUUUUUAGAAUUUCCGAUCUUUUCUAAUAAAACCGUUAAUGGUUUUUUUGAAAAAAUUAUUCGAUUAGAAAGAAAUAGAAACUGAUCAUUACUGAAAUAAAAAAAGAUAGCUAUUUAUGUACUACCCCGUUGACGAUUUUAGCGGGAUUUGUUCGAUUUGACAAUUAUUUGACAGGGCGCCAGGGAGGGGUCAAUAAACCUGUCAUUUAUUUAUUUGGGUUGUGUUUUUCAAUUUUGAUGUUGAUAUUUGUGUGAUUUUUGUCUUUAAAAUAAUGACUGAAAACGUAGUAAAAGGCUAUUUAGACAUUAAAAUAUCGUCGAAAAGCCGCAGAGGCUUUACGCCAUGGAGGGCUUGGCAAAGACAGUGGUGCGAAAUUCGUCGCAAAGACGACAUCGAAGUGGGGGUAGAACUGAAACUGAAAUCCUCCGAAGACGGCAACAUUCUUAAUUGCGUUCAAGUGCCUAGAUCCGCCACUUUGUGCCGCACCGAUUCUAGAACCAAACAUUUCGCUUUCGGCGUAUUUAAUUUAAGGAGAACGAAAAAGGCCCUCUUGUUUUUGGCCGGCUGUAGCGAGAGCGAUUCGCAAGAAUGGAUGAUUUCUAUUAGGAGGAUGCUCAGUAUUGCCACCUACAUACCUGUUGACGAUUAUUCCAAUUUUCGCAUAUCCUUAGUAGACACUGAGCAUUCUAGAAACGCGGGCCUUCUAGGCCUCUAUGGAGUCUUAAAUGCAAACGCCCAGGAAAUCGUAAUCAACGAUCCCUGCACGGGAGCUCCAAAAAUCGGUUGGAAAUGGUACCAUUUUCAUCAAUUCCAUUUGCAAGCUACUUGUGAGCAAAACGAUGACAAAAAAAUCGUCGUAAUGCAUACAAGCAGAGAAUUUCCAGCAGGUCCCGGACAGCUGCUGCUCUAUUGCAGAGAAGGGCCUCAGUUGCUACGCUACUUGAUCUCUAGAGGACAAGGAGCUCGAUUCAGUUCCGGUCUUUUAUGUGCUAAGAGAUUUAGCCGCAGCGAAGGUGAUCUUUGCGGUAGCAGAAGCAGCGUGCCUGAUAGUCCGUUGUGCUUUAGAAGUCAAACAGGAAGUGAGGAUUCUGGAGUACCAAAUUCAAACGUAUCAGAGGAUAAUGAGUAUUCAUUGAAAUCAAAGACUGAAUCGAAUCUAGUUAAUUUGGGUAUGAGCGAGAUUACCAAAACUCCUGGAGGUAGCGAGACUGAGGAUUCUUAUCCUGAUUUGAGGGUGCCUUCUCUAGAACACCUCAAAAUUUCUAUGCCAAGAAACGAGUCUGGAGUAUCCCUGUCUUCCGGGAUUUAUGAAGAAAUCCCUGAUGAUUAUCAAUCAACAAAUCAAAAUAAUCACAAUUCUUUAACAGAUUUAAAGCAGCUUAGUCACAUUUACGAGAAUCCUUUUGAAAUGGUUUUUGAUAAAAAGUUGGGAUUUUUUUUUAAAGCACCUCCAUUGCCACCAAGAACUUUUACUAGUUUUACUUUGCAGAGACGUAAAGAACCAAUUGAAGUUCCACCAAUUUCGCCCUGCAAGCAACGUUGCAACACCCUUCCAGCAAAAGACCUUGCCAAAAUAUCGCAAAUUUUCAACUCCAAUCCUCAAAGCGCUGUAGAAUCGGACUACGUUGUAAUGAGCCCCAACAAAACACUGGAGAGAACCAAGAAAAUUUUGACUGAAAACUUUUAUGUUCCAAUGAGUUCCCCUGUUAUUCAGUUGAAGAACAAGAUUGUAGAGGGUGUUUAUAUGAGUAUGAGUGGUAAUACCAAAAAAGCGGCUUGAUUUUUCUUUAUUGCUGACUAUUAUUUUUCAAACAAGAAAAAUGUAUUUGUUUUUUAAGUGUACCAAGGAGGAAUGGAUACAUUCUUUUGAUUUCAAUCCUGAUUAGUGAUUACCUACAUCCCAUGACAAAUAAGAAAUCUAAAUUUCUGUAGCAGCUCUCUAUGUUGAAGUAGUAUUAUUAUAGGUGAUUUUUGAAGACUGUAAAAAUAGGAAAAUUUUGACAUAAUUUAAGUGAGCUUUUAUUGAGGCUUUUUAGUGUAGGAACUAGACUUGAAAUGACUGAUUUUUCAUAUCAGCGUUUGCCAAGGUUUUUCGUCAAUCGUUGUUUAGGUGUGAAAGGGUACAGAUCAAAUAAUGGUACAUGGUACAUAUCGACAGCCAUAGUACAACAAGUUUUAGUAACUAUAUAUUUUUGACCACUUGUUCAUCCUUCAAUACGCAUCAGAAUUAGAUUGAAUACCCGCCUAAAUUCCAGCUAAUUUCAGUAGUUAUAGAUUUCUUUAAUUACUCAAAAAUUCUGGAAUUAUUUUGAAAUUAGCUUGAAAGAAGUUGACUGGAACUAAUAGGUCUGUUUCUGCAGAAAUCACAAACUAGUCUGACUGGUUUGUGAUUUCUGUAGAAAUAGACCUAUUUUGUACUUUGUAAUUGGGUGGGUCAUCAACGUGUUAAGUGCUUGAAAUAAAUAAAUAAAUAAAUAAAAAGCAACUUGUGACAAAGUUUAACAUUUUGAAAUAUUGUGUCGGCGCGAUGUUGCCUUUGAACCAAUGACUUUCAUUAAUUCUGUUUUUGAUGAAUAAAAUUUGCAAAUUGAAAAUUAUGUAAAAAAUUUUAAAUUAAAUCAUGUGUAAAAUAAGUAGUGUCAGAGUGUCAGUAGUUCAAAUCUAACAUAUGAGCAGUAAAGAGUCAAUUUCCGUGUUAAAGACUCUUUCACAUAUACACUUAUAACCUGAGACUUAGCAGCCUUAAAAAAAAAUAUGUAGCUAUUGGUCAUUCAAAUGAAUCAGUUCAAUUCCUAGUGGACCCUUUCUUAUUUGCAGGGCCUCAUAUAAAAAGUAGAGUAUUAUUAAGGUAAAAUUCCCCAAAGACUAAAUUUUAGUUCUCUAGGUAAAAAUAUAUAGUAAGUAGUGUGAAAUUUAUAAAUUGUUGAUGUCUAAUAUCCAAAUUUAUUCAAUAAUUUGCUCAAAGAAUAAGGAAGCUUUGAUCUCAAUUCAAUGUUGUAAGUUUUUGUAUUUCUUGUUAAUAUUUCCCGAAUGCGCAAUUUGAAAAAAGUUUGUGUACCUCUAAAAAAUAUGAUUUUUGUGGGCUUCAUUCGUCUAUUUAUUGCAAAACUGAAAACCAUAGCUGUUUCUACUUUAUUCAGGCUAUAAUGCCAAUAAUAUUGAGCUUGGUGCUAACUGCUAAACGAUUUUUUUGUAAAUUAUUUAUUGUUUUAUUCAAGGAAUUAAAUAAAUUAUUCCUGGCUUGAACUGCCUAUAAGUAAAUGAAUUACGCUUCCAAAACUAUACGAUUUUUAGCUUUUAAGAUUUGUUGCAAAGUGAGAGUUUUAGUUUAAUUUGAUGUUACCUUUUGCGAGUGUCAGUUUAAUAAAUUGUUGCCGUAGAUUAGUGAAUAUUAUAUUUUUCUUGUCGAUUAUAUGUGAUUUUUGAUUUCCUAUCUAGAUUAACCAUUAAAAUUAUUGUGUGACUGAACUACAUAUACUGGGUGUAUGUUUUUGAAAUACUCUGUAAAUACAAAUCCUACCUAUGCUUUUUAUUUAUUUUUGUUUUAGUUCAUCUUAAUGUCAUCUGCUAGUGAAAUAAAAAAAAUUAAAGCUUAAUUACUCAUAUGAUGGUUGUGUGCAAAAUACUGUGGUUGAAAAGAGCUGGAUUUAAUGCCAUUCAAAAACAUAUAAAAUCGACAGUUCUUGAUUUUCUGAUAAUAUUUGAUUUUUGACAAAAAUUAAAAUGUAUUCCUAAUUUAUAUUCUUGGUAUGAGGAAUAUGUAAUAUAUUUUAUCUGCAAUCAUAUAUCUAAUUUUGACAUAGCUGACUUUUUAAAAAUUGUCGAAAAGUGUCACUUUAUCUGUGUCACUUUCCUCUUCGAUUUUCUUCACCAAUUUCUUUCACUCUAAUUUAUUUACCUUUGCUGGGACCAAUUAGAACCUGUCAGGUAAAAACGUCAAAACAGUGAAUGAUAGAUUUUGGCAUGUUUUUUUAAUAUUAAAAAAAUGGUGUGUUUGCAAAUAAAAUAGUAUACAAACCUCGGAGGAAAGUUUUCAUUUCUGUCUCGAGAUAUAAAUCUCUCGACAGCAAUGAAACACUUCCAAACUCGGUAUGUAAUAUACUAUUAUCUGCAACCAUAUUAUGUAAUCUUGACAUCACAAAACCUUGACAUUACUGACUUUUGGAAGUGUCAUUUUACCUGUGUCACUUUCCUCUUUGAUUUCCCUCACCGAUUUCCAUAUUUGAUUUCCCUCACCGAUCUUCUUCACUCCAAUUUAUUCACCUUUGCUGGGAACAAUGGAAACGUGACAGGUAAAAACUUCAAAACAGUAAAUGACAGAUUUUGGCAUGUUUGUUUUAUUUUUUUUUUAAUGUCAAAAAAAUUACCUGACUAAUCAUGAUUAAUGGUGUGCUUGCAAAUAAAAUAGUAGGUAUACAAAUCUUGGAGGAAAGUUUUCAUUUCUGUCUCGAGAUUAAUAGUCAACUAUAUAAAUCUCUCGACAGUUAUGAAACACUUCCCUAUUCGGUAUGUAUAAGGUCUGUUUUUUUUUUAAGAUAAUUCCCCAAGUCAAAAAUUUAGUAACUAUGUUGGCAACACUACAAGCCUUUUCUACAUAAAAAAUUUGAAAGCAUUGACAAUUUUACAUUGAAUUGCCAACAUAAUGUGUGACAUAAUGUCAUUUUGACUUUUAUCUUAAAAAAAAAAACACACUUUAAUAUACUAUUUAAAUAUAAUAAAUCCCCCUGUUUAAUUAUUUUUGAAAAAAAAAUUGUAUUCACAUCUUUUGAACCUAAUAAUCCACUGCAGACCUGUAUUUUUUGUUUUUUUUUUUUUCGCUGUGUCUAGCCUCCCGGCACCAGUAUUCAUACGAAUCCCGGUUAUGACGCGUUUUUGAUGACUCCAUCAACGACCGCCGGGAUUUAUCGUGGGUCCCGGCUAUAGGAUUCAAAAUUCAAAGUCGUGUUUCUCUUGCUGCUUGAAGCUGUGAUUACUUCCGAAAUAGCUUUUGUGUAUUAUUGUUUCUUGUUGUGAUAUUGGGUAUUAGAGUGGUAAGUACUUCGUUAAUCCACUUUUCGUAGUAGUGGUUUAAAAAGGGAAUACCUAGUAUAGUUUAUUUUCAUCCAUUAUUCAGAACUAUAGCUUUUUUAACAGCCUGUAUCUCUGAAUAGGGUACUCUUGGACCCAUGUUUAUAGGAAUUUUUGCUCUUAAUUUGAGAUGUAGAAUCCGCAGUUGAAAUAUUAACCUCUAAUUUUAGGGCACCCUGUGGUCCCUGUGUAAUGUUGCUGAACAUUAACGGCGUUGCUGUACAAGAUCAAAUGCUGAACAAACUUUCAAAAUGACCCUGUACCUACAUAUUAUAAUAAAAAGUCAUAAUUUUAUUUUCCAUUAAUAAAAGCUCAUCUUUGUUUACUUUUUUUACUCUUCAUAAUAAAUCUGCCCCAAUACCAAUGAACAUAAUAAUUAUUAACAUCUUAUAUAGCACUAGCCGGGAUCCACGACAGUUACCGGUUGUUGUUGAUGACGUCAUUUAAAACGCGCCAAAGCCGGGAUUCGUAUGAAUACCGGUGCCGGGAGGCUAAAACAUUAAUUUGUAUUUUUGUAAUACAUUCUUUGAACAAAAUUUUGUUUGUUUCUCACUCUAACUGAACCCACAAAGUAAAAAAAUAUUGAAUUUUCACUCAAUUCAGUUUUCAAUUGGCUUUGGAUUGAAUCACCA